AUGGCUCGCAGGAUAAGAAAAUGGACGCUCGCUGUUUUUCUUCCUAUUUUUAUAAUAAACGUGUUUGUGGAACCUUUACCAAUAUCUCGUGAAAUAUUGAAACCCGUACUAGACAUGACUUUUCCUGAAACUGCCACCGAAAACACAAAUUUUAAAACUGAUCUAAACCACGAUCACCUUGCAACAGAAGUUAUUCAAAUCGAAAAUACUGUAGAAGAAAUAAGAAAUGUUACAAGAAACGUAAGACCCGGACAAGUAGUGGGAAACUACGCAAUUGAAAUUUCACUUAACGGUAACGGUUUCAGUGGAAGAGCUCUAAUGGAUGUUCGCUUGGAUAUUGACAGUAGAGAGGAUCCAAUUGUUUUUCACAUUGAAGAUUUACAAAUACAGAGGGUUCUAACGGGCGUAUUUACAGAUGUCAAUGCCGUUGACACCGAUUUUUUUUUCGAUGAUUCUAUAUUAGAAAUAUUUCCAGCACAAGUGGCCUCUACCUAUGUUGUCAUUAUAGAAUACACAGGACAACUGAGUAAUAACCCAUUCGGACUAUACGAAGGACAUCACUUUGACACGUAA